ACAAGAGUGUAAAUUUCUUGGUAGCACCAAAUUACAAGCUAUCAACACCUGGCUUAAAUAGGGACCAGACAUUUGAUGCUGGAAAUUUCUCAGCGUCGUGCAUAAGAAGACCCUGGAAUUAACCCAUUCUCUAAUGUAAUCUUCAAGAUAAGGUUCACUUUUCCAACACAUAAUUAUCCAAUUCUUGAUGUUAACGCAUCAUGACUCCUCUCUAUUCGCAUUUCAUACCAUCACUAAUUUUUUUUUUCUGUUCAUAUCAUACAUAAGAAUCAUUUUUGCAGUUGGAAAAUUUAAUAAUGUUCUGCCAUUGAUUGCUAUGGGGGAGGACCCAAGAGGCUGGAGUUGCAAAUAGGACCAAACCCACUUGAUAGCGAAACCACAACACGACCCGCCAAUUGUCAAUACUACAUCCUUAGCAGCAACUUUGAAAGUCGUACCUUUUUCUCCAUCCCGAGGAAACAAGCGGCGGCGCUGCCCGCUCUCCGCCUCUAACAUCUUUAUACGUCUAACUGUUGUUUUCCGUUAACCGAAUAUGACCUGUCGUCCUCAACACCCAUAUGUGUAAAAAGCACUCUCAUUGGUCGGUGUGUAUAGAUGGAUGCAGUUCGGUUUCAGUUGGAAUGAAGAACUUACAGAACACACAAGAUAUUAAACCUUCGGUUCAAGCUUCAAAUGAAUCCAAAACAGAACAGCAGAAUAAUCAAACAUCGGCUGAUUCUGCUUCAAGCAAUGAUGGCCAAAAAGUUUCACGACAGGAUAUCGAACUUGUCCAGAAUUUAAUUGAACGAUGUUUACAACUAUACAUGAAUAAGGACGAGGUCGUCAAAACCCUCUUGAAUCGAGCGAGGAUAGACCCUGGAUUCACAAUAUUAGUAUGGCAAAAGCUGGAGGAGGAAAAUGCUGAUUUUUUCAAGGCUUAUUAUAUAAGGCUGAAAUUGAAGAAGCAAAUCCUUUUGUUUAACCAUUUGCUUGAGCAUCAAUAUUAUCUAAUGAAAUAUCCUAUGCCUCCAAAGGUUCCUCUGGUCCCAAUCCAAAAUGGGAUUCAUCCCAUGCCUGUUAACAACUUACCAAUGGGAUAUCCUGUGCUGCAACAACCUCCAAUUCCAGCUGCAGGGCAACCUCAUCUAGACUCGAUGGGGAUAUCAAGCUGUCAUGUGGUCAAUGAAGUCCCAGCACCCAGUCAUUUUCAACCAAUGCAGAUGAAUUCUGGGAAUGACAUGGUGAUGGACAACAACGCAACUGAUGCGACACCUGCAGUUCCUCCAACCACUGCCAUGAUGUCAUCUAUGUCAGAGAUGCCAGUGAGCCCUACAUCGGUGGCGUCCAGUGGGAAUUUCCCUUUCACUGCAACAGACAUGUCGGAAAUGGGAGUAGACACAGCAACACUUGAUUCGGCCUUCACGGCGGAUGUGGCAAGUUCAAUAGGAUUGCAACUGGGACCUGGUAAUGGAGCCGACAAUUCUAGAGAUUCCCUUAGAUCACUUGAUCAGAUUCAGUGGAAUUUCAGUCUCACUGAUCUUACAGCCGAUUUCUCAAACUUGGGAGAUUUAGUAGCACUUGGGAACCACCCUGGUUCUCCUUUUCUUCCCUCUGAUUCAGAAAUUAUGCUCGGUUCUUCGGAGCACGAGAAUAUAGAGGAAUUUUUUGUUGAUUCUAUCCCUGGACAGCCGUGCACUCCGUCUGACGAAGAGAAAUAGUAGACAAAGGUGAGCAUUGUAUUGUACCUUAUAAUUGUUAGAAUAGAGUUAAUAAGAGUUAGAUAAAUAAGAACAGCUGUAUUUGAACAAUUCAGCAGUGUAGUUUUAGUUUUUGAUGAAUCAGUAGCAGUCAGCAGACAUGGAAGUAGCCAAGUUCUUGUAAUAUUUUUCGUAACAAGGCAAUCGAUUAAUUCUGUUACGGCCGA